AUGGUGGUGGUGGCACAAACUGAUUUAGUGAAGUAUAUGCUUACCAGAUCUAUGCUUAGGGGUCGGAUUGGUAAGUGGAUUUUGGUGUUAUCAGAGUUUUCUUUACAGUAUACACCCUUAAAGGCGCUCACAGGGCAGGCAGUGUCCGACUUCUUGUUGCAUCAUCCUAUUGUGGAGGAUAUUGACGACCAGAAUGUGGUUGUUUCCUUCGUUCACACUCAGCCUUGGGUUUUAUACUUUGAUGGUAGCAGCACCGAUCAUUUGUCCGGGGCGGGUGUUGCAUUAGUUAAUCCCUCUGGCGUCAGACAUUGUUACUCUUUUCAGCUGGAGUGGAAGUGCACUAACAAUCAGGCAGAAUAUGAGGCCAUCAUCAUUGGCUUAGAGUUGUUGCUUGAUCUGGAGGUCACCGAGGUAGAGGUAUUAGGUGAUUCUCUCCUAGUCAUUAACCAGCUCAAGGGGGUUUACAAAUGCAACAACUUUACAUUACUCCUUUUUUGGGAACGAGCAUCAGAAUUGUUAGACAAAUUUGUCGAUGUGGUGCUUGAUUAUAUUCCUUGCGAACGAAAAUUCGCUGCCAAUGAAUUAGCACAGCUGGCUACGGGCAUUCGCCUGGCAGAUGGUGUUCGCGAAAGAAUUUUGAAGGUUCAGAGACGCACAUUACCUUCCUUUAUGACAAGGAAGGAGGUUAACGAUGAAUGGUUUGUGGCUGUUGUCGACACUAUUGAUGAGGAUUGGCGGCAGCCAAUCAUUUAG